AUGGGUAAAUAUGUAAUCGGAUCUCCUGAGGAGAAAGCCAAACGGGCUAACUUCGAGUUCCGUGGAUCCUGUGUGAAAGCACCAAACGAGGAGAACAUUAAGUUAUUGCUCGGCGAAGAGUGGUGUAGCAACGACAUCAAUAUUACACUCUUGUCAAAUGAUUCUCAUGCUUAUAACUAUCUAAUUACAAAACCUAAGGAAAAUAAGCUUGCGAAAACUAUCAUACGAGUAAUGCUACCGGUCGACCCCUAUUUCAAAACGCAAGCCGAGGUCUCUACUAUCGAAUGGGUCCGACAGUAUACGUCGCUACCGGUUCCCAGAGUCUUGAUAUUCGAUCCAACUGGUACUACUCAGAUUGGACUUGAGUGGGUUGUCCUAGAAUGCUUUCAAGGCCAGAUACUUCCUGUCGCGGCCGAAGCAGACGAAGUCAACUGGGCUAUGGUAAGCAACGAGAAGAAGCGGUCAUUGAUACGACAGUUUGUGUCCUUCUACUCCGCGACAUUCGACCACCAAUUAUCGGCAAUUGGCAAUCUAUAUAUGGGCCGUGCGACCGGAGUCCAGGAAGAAGAUGAUAAAGUUGGUGUCAUCGUCUCACCAGAGUUCUAUAUGACAGAUAAACAAAAUAACGAUCAUGGCCGUGGGCCAUUUCGAAACAGUGCCGAAUGGCUCAAGAUACGCCUGGAUAUGAAGUACAAAAACUGCCUAGCCAUCCUGAAUGCAAACGCCGUUCUCAGAGCUAAACAUAUCAUUGACCGCUUGAAGAGAUUGAGAGAGAGGCUCUUUGAUUCCACACUCUUCGAGCCCACCGUACUCACGAACUGUGACAUAGGCCCGACGGACAUCAUGAUGAAUCACAAUAGACUAGUCGGGGUAGUGAAUUGGGAGCAUACAUCCGCUCUUCCACUGUGGAAAGGGUGCGAACUUCCCAAGUUCCUGCAAGGAAUAACGCGUACCAAGGAACCUGAUGAGAGAGACUAUCUGGAUGAACAGGGCGAAUGGUUGGCUGGGGCCAGAGACGACUUCGCCAAGCAUGUGCUACAAUGGUCGCGAACAAUGCUUCAAAAAAUGUUCCUUGACGAGAUGUCCCGGAAGUGUCCCCAGUGGAUGGCUAUUUAUAAUUCUCCAAUUACUCGUCUAAGGAAGGACUAUGACGUCGCCGUAAGCUCUUGUGAUAACCCUGCUACCCAAGCUGCGAUUGAGAAGUGGCUAUAUACUAUAGAGUCGGGCUUGGAAAAUAUUCGACUUCAGAACCCGGGAAAGGCUCGUGCGGAUAUCUCGAGCCUAGGCUUCACCAUUCGCAGCCUUCAGGAUCGUAUCUACGACAGCGCAAACGUAUCCGAUACAGCAAGACACCCCACCUCAGGGCCAGAAUCACAUAUAUGGAAUCUAUCAUAA